ACUGCAUUCGCAAGAAAACAAAAAACGUUGCUUUGUAUGGCAUCUUAAGAAUAAUCAUGACUAUGAAAAUAUAAGUUUGAUUAAUCGAAUACCUUAUAAAUAAAAUGCGUCAUCUAGGCGUAAUGAGUGUAUGUUUGGUUUUUGUUUUAAUUCAAGAAUCUUUGACGAAAAAAAUUCACAAAGAGAUUAAAGAAAAAGCGAUUAAAAAAAACCUUGUCGAGGACGAAAAUGGUACUACAAAAUCAAGUAGCAAAGUGGAACCAAAACCGCCAGUAAAAAAUAAUGCAGGUGCUAACUCGUCCUCCUCAGAGGACUACGAUACCACUCAAGGCUACCCUAUUCUUUUUCCAGAAACACAUAUGAAGAGAAACACGUCAGCUAAUAUAUCAACAAGUGAACCAAUAGACGAUGACGUUACAAGCGAAGAAGUCUACUCAAACGGCAGUGUGCCUUUGGAGGAGCGUGAUAAAUGUAGUAAAACUGUUGAUUUACUGUUUCUAUUGGACAGUUCAGAAAGUGUUAAAUAUUCUAAUUGGAAAAUUGUUAUUCAAUUUGUAAAAUCUUUGUGCAAUCGAUUUAAGCUAAGUACGACUCGCGUUGGUAUCAUUAGGUAUGCAUCAGAUGCAGAGAUAGCUUUACAUCUUACUCGUUUCAAUGACACUACAUCUAGAGAUACAGCAAUAGACAAUAUAUUUUAUAAAACUGGAGGUACUCGAACAGAUAUAGCUUUGAAAAAAGCAGCAGAUGUGUUCCAAUUCAGUGAGCAAAAAAACCAAGUUUUAAUUUUAGUUACUGAUGGUCCAACAAAUAGCUUAGAAAUAAAUAAAGAUCAUUUUGUUGAAGGUAAAGAUCUUGUUGCUGGCCCUGUUGACCGAUUAAAAGAUGCUGGUGUAGCAAUAUUUUGCAUUGGCAUUGUACCUGAUAGUGAGACACCUGAUGAAAUUGAAACAAUGAAAGAAGAAAUGAGAGUUAUUGCAUCAGAACCUACCAAACUACAUCUUUUUAUGUCUGAUGGUUACCAUGAGCUUCAAAGAAAAGUUCAUGCUAUUAGUGAAGCUGCAUGUGUUGUAAAUGGUGCAUGGAGUCGAUGGUCAGAUUAUUCUCCUUGCAGUGUUUCAUGUGGUGAAGGUACCAAAGUUCGCAUGCGUUCUUGCACUUCUCCUAAACCAGAGAAUAAUGGUGCUGACUGUACUGGAAGAAGAGUAGAGACUGAAGAAUGUUUUUUAGGUCCUUGUUCAUUUACGGAAAAGCUAUAUAAACCAGAAAAUACAUCAGAAAAUAUACUUGAGAGUAUGUCAAAAAAAAUUCCAGAAAUUACAUUAAACAAAAAGUUAGAAAAUGCAUCACAAACUGUAUUACAAAAGUCAAAUGAUGGUCGCAUCUUAUCAGAUACAGGAACUAAUUUAAACAACUCUUUACAAAAUGAAACUCAAGCUCAAUCACCUUUACUAAGAUUAACUAAUGGAGAAGUCUUUACUAAUGGACCAUCUGAAGGAAUCAAUCGAACUUUGAAUUUUCAUGAAAAUUCAGUUUUCGAUUUUCCAACCAAAUCAUUAAGUCUUCCAACAAAAUCAAAUAAUUCUUCAAAAAUAUUGAAUUUGAUAUCAAAUAAUACACAACCUACCAAAGAAGCUUCACAUUUUAUUGGAGGUUGCUUCGAAGGACUGGAAGAAAUAAAGCUAAGCGAUAGUCAAUACAAUGCUUCUUCUGUUUAUUCUCAUGAUACUGAAGAUGAGUAUGUGAAACGAGAAUAUGCACCUCAAAAUGCUCGGCUUAACAAUGUAGUAAAUGGUGGUGGAUGGUGUGCUGAACAUAAGUAUGCCUUAUUAGGAGAUAAAAACCAGUAUUUGCAGUUUGAUCUCGGUAAGCAAAUGACAGUGGAUGGAGUAGUUACACAAGGAAGUCAUUUAUUAGAAAAUUGGGUGAAAAGCUUUAAUUUAAGGUUUAGCGAUGAUGCAAUAAGUUGGGAGUAUUAUAAAAAUAAUCCAUUGGAUGGUAAUAGUGAUCGCCACACUGAACGUCGAAAUCAUUUGAAUCCACCAAUAACUGCUCGGUACAUUCAAAUUAAUCCAAUUGGUUGGAAUGAAGAUAAUGGAAUCGAUAAGCAUGACAUCUGUUUAAGAGCGGCAUUAUAUAAAUGUAGAGACGGUGCAGUAGCUGCUGUUAAACGUGCUGGCAUCAAUACUUUGCGAGGAAAUAACAUAGUGAAAAGUGCCCAUCAUCCAACAGGGUCUCAUGUGCGUAUUUUUAGUGUAAACAGCAGAACUAAAAGACAACAUGUGCCAAUGUUAAACCAUAAAAACAAUCAGCACAAACGAAUUUUGCACAGAUUAAGAACUAUUGCAAAUAAAAUUAUUAUUAAAGUCAAAAAAGCUGGUAAAAAGUUUCAGACUUGAACAUAUCGGUGUUAUUUCGAUUUCUCAACGAAUUUUAAUACUCAAUCUCACAAACUUUGCGAAGAACGUCCUCAUUUUCUGCAGUUGGUUUUGGUUCACUAUUUGUAUGGUCAAGUCAUUGUCACUUACAUAAAGUAAUACGGAAGUUCAGUUAUGAAAGUUAAAAAAGUCCUUACAAUCACGUAAAAUUGAACUUACAUUGAGAAAAUGAAGUAUAACUAACAGUUUUCAGAGGGUGUAAAUAUUUUUCCUUGUUAAUAUACAUUAGCUUUUGAGUUAGCUUAAA